CGAGCUAAGCGCAAUUGGGCGAAAGACGCGAGCCGCCACCAAGCCAAACCAGAGCACCCCGCCGCCGCGCCAUGGCUUCGCCGUCCCCGUCCUCCUCUUCACCUCUCCACCCGCAGCAUCAACACCAGCACCCUCUUCCCCCGCAUCCCCCCCAGCCCCAGUACCAGUCCCCACCGCCUCCGAUGCCGCCGCCCCCUGCGGCGCCACUCAAAGCUGUCGAUCUGGAGGUCACCGUCGUCUCGGGCAAGCACCUGAAGAACGUCAACUGGCGCCGCGGCGACCUCCGCGCCUACGUCAUCGCCUACCUCGACCCUUCCCGCCGCGUCUCCACCCGCCCCGACGACGUCGGCGGCUGCAAGCCCGCCUGGAACGAGCGCAUCGUCCUCCCUCUCCCACCUCACCUAUCCGCGCACGAUCCGUCGCUGCUCCUCUCCCUCGAUGUCUUCCACUCCAAGCCCUCCGAUUCGCCCAAGCCGCUCGUCGGCUCCGCGCGCUCCCCUCUCCGCGACCUCCUCUUCUCAACGAACCCUAACCCUAGCCCCGAUUCCCCUGCCUCCUCUCUGAUCACCCUCCCGCUCCUCCGUCCCUCCGGCCGCCCGCAGGGGAAGCUCCGGAUCCGCCUCGCUCUUCGAGAGCGUUCCCCGCCGCCCCCUGAGCCGCAGUAUCCGCCUCCUUCCUCCUCCCCCUACUAUUUCCCACCCCCUCCGCCCCCUGCAUACUCGGCCCCGCCUCAAUAUGGCUCGGAACAGUACUACCGUUCCGGUGGGUACUACUCUGCGCCACCGCCACCGCCUCAGUACGAGUACACCGCAGGGCCCUCUGCACCAGUGGAGUACAGCAGGCAAUAUGAUCCUAGAGCGGGGAGUGGGAGUGGGAGGUAUGGAGUAGGCACUGGGGUUGCAGUGGGAGCGGUGGCUGGUGCCCUUGGUGGGCUUGCGAUUGAUGAAGGUGUGAAAUACAAAGAGGAGAAGUCAGCAGAGCGUGUUGAAGAUAAGGUAGCGCCUGCUGGAAGAGACGACGACUCAAGGGGCUACCGUGAGUAUUGAUUAGGAGUUCGUGUGGGUGAGGAUGCACUGUGAGUUGGCCCUUCUCCAUCCCUGCUAAUGUGGGAAUAAGAUUGCAGUGUGAUUUUAUGAUUUGCUAUCUUGUAUAUAUUUUUCUCACUGCUGUGAAUUAUCAUGUUACUUUGCUUUAAUCUUGUGUAUUAUGACAAAUUUGUUGUGUGUCAUGAUGGUUUUAUUAUCACUUCUAAAACUGCACAUGUAACUUAAGGUCCUGUUCUACAAUCUAUCUUUACUGUGUCUGGUGUUUGGC